AUGGCACUACCUCUGCCACCGGGGCUCACGCCUAACGAGGUCGGCUUUUUAUGUGAAAUGGAGCUAGUGACAAUAACCCCGCGGCAGAGACUCGAAUCUCUCGAACUGCUUGGAGGACCGACAGAACGCCUCAAUCCACCCUUCCCGGCACAAUUGCCACUAUGGCUGGCACUGCUACUCAAACGCCAGAACCGAGCCAACAUUAGCCCUCCGUCAUGGCUGAGUGUCGACGCACUCACCAACAUGCUGGAGCUCGAGACCAGCGACAUCUUGGCUGGCAGUCUCGCGCCUGGACCAACGAUGAGCGAAGCCACUGGUGUCGCAAUGCCUAGCGAUCCAUACCUGGCACAGUCCUCCCUCGAGAUCAGCGCACCAUUCACACGAGACUCCUCCACAGCACGAGCACCAGCCGAUGCACUACCAUACCAUUGGCUCGAACUAUCACAUCUUCUUCUAUCACACGCGAGCGACGACUUCGAUGAUCCGGACGCAGUACGGAGAUUGGUGCGAGACUUGCGAGAAGUCAGAAUGAGCAAGCUACGGAAGGGUUACAAGGUGCUGGAUGCCAGUGGCUCACUGAAAAUCAACGGAGUAGGAGGGAUGGAGAUUGCAGAGGUCAGAGGGUUUGUGGGUGGUGUGAUCGAUGGGUUAAGGAAGAUCAACAAGUCGAGGGAGGAAGCGAGAAGAGAGGAGAUGGAAGAGGAGGGAGGAGGCUUGGGAAGCAGUAGCUACCAGGAUGAGGAUGACGAUAUGCAGCUGUAA